AUGUGCAGCCGAAUGGCGUCGAUGUGGGUACUGUUGCUGUCACUGCUGUCACGCCCAGUGCACGUGUUUGUAAACAUGAGCUUGUGCAGGUGCCAAUUGCAUACUGUGCCGCACGAUUUGCAAAGCGCGGACGCAGUUGUCGUCUUACGCCCACUCGUCGACGGUCCGUCGAGCCUUUUUCGGAGUAAGGAGCAGCCCUCCCAGAUGCUUCAUGUCACUGAGCAUGACGCCGCUUCGAUUGCUGUGAACUUGAAGGAAGUCAACUUGUUAUGGGGGGACAAAGUUAUAGUGCGCGACCCCGACAACGUCUCGUCAGUUACGAUAACAGCAACAAACGCUAGUCUUCUGACUGAAAUGAUAGCGUCUGACAAGUCGCCGCAGUCGCUGCUGCUGCGAACGCAUCCGCUUUUGGUGAAAGGAAAUACUGCAGUGGUCGAGUACAUCCCGAGUAUUCCUACGCUUAUGCUACCCAUGGUUGAGAGUCAACGUCACAAACCCGUCGUAGUCCUGGACUCCUAUGCCUACGUUAUGUUCAAUCGCGAGUCUAGCAAUGCGAUUGUAGACGUUGAGGCAGAAAGCACAGUCGGAGCCAUUGACGAAUCGAAAGAAGCCGUAUGCUAUCGCAAAACAGAGCCCAAAAUGUAUGCGAAAGCCAGGGCAGUGGCACGGUUAAUGAUUCGUAGUGUGCAAGGCCCACCUUCGGAUGUUUCAGAGCAAGUGUCGAGCUGGAUGUUUUGUACGGGUUGGCUUGUCGGACGGGGCAAUUACUUGCUCACUAAUCACCACUGUAUGAAAGACGCGGCGGUGAUCGAUCGCGUUCGUGAUCCUGUCCAGUCGCGCGAGAAAAGAGCGACCACCAGCAAUGAGUUCCUGUCAAACACUGCUAAACAACUAAGGCGCUAUGCAGCUUCGAUAGACAAGACUAAGCGUGUCGUGGAGACGGUUGUGGGAUUUAUGGCCGAAACUAAAGGCUGUCGUGAUGCAGGGUUCAAGGGAGAAAAAGUCGGUGUUGUAGAAGCCACGCGGGUUAUGGUGGUCGCCGAAAACCCAGAGCUGGACUACGCGUUGGUGCGUGUUCUCACGAACAACUCGUCGACGGACUUGUCGCAGUGCUACGGAUACUUACGCCUGCGUGCUACGGGCCCGGUGGACGGUGAAGACAUUUACAUCCCACAACACCCACGUGGAGAGCCGAAGGAGAUUGCGGCAGUGAAAGAUGGACAGCCCGCAGUGAUCGAGGUGGCGCCUGCAAAUGCAGUGGACUACUCUGCGAUGUUUCGCCAGAGCGGCGAAUUGGAUGAGGCCCAGCCGACUGUUUGGUAUAAUGCUGACACGAAACCCGGUUCGUCAGGAUCGCCGGUGUUGAGUCGCGAGGAUAACACCGUCGUGGCACUGCAUCGCGCCGGAGGCACCGAUGCUGCACAUGCACCAUUCACAGAUCUUCUUAACGCAGGUGUACGCAUCGACUUGAUUGCACGUGACCUCAAGCGACGCCGCGUUUUGCCGAAAAAUGCUUUGGCUUCUUGA